UUUAAGUAUUCAUGUAAUCACUACAUACAUUUUCAUCAGUAUGAGUAUUUAUUGUCAAUUUGAACAUUCCAAUGUCAUUUUAUCGUUAUCAACAGACGAAAUACAACUGAUACCGGUUAAAACAUCGCGUUAGAGACAAAUAUUCUAUAUAACACCACAAAAAUUCAUUACUUAUCAUGGAAAAAUACUUUGCACAUUCACUGGUCAUGUGAAAAUGUAGGACGAACUUAUGUAACUUGACGUGGGAAAUAAAGUCUGCAGAAAAACUGAAAAAGAGAAUGAAAGGAUCAGUGGAUAGAGGUUGGGCUUGGAUUGUACUAGCAGCAUGUUUUCUAAGAUCAUUCAUGGUGAUAGGCAUAAACAAAGCAUUUGGGAUGUUUUUCGUAGAAUAUAUCGAAGCCUUCGAAAGUAAUGCAUCUACGGUAUCUGUUAUAAUAUCAACACAACAAAUAAUGUUUAGCUUGUCUUCAUUUUUGAUACUGACCUUUGGAAAUAGAUUCUUUACUUUCCGACCUAUCAUAAUACUUGGAUCUGUUCUUAUGGCAGCGGGAUAUUUCCUAAAUGCAUAUGCACCAAAUGUACAAUUUUUAUUCCUGUCGCAAGGAGUAUUAUUUGGCAUUGGCCAAGCUGCAGCAUCCGGGCCUUCUGUAGUAGUACUAAAUUCAUAUUUUGACAAAAGAAGAGGUCUAGCCAACAGUUUAGCAAACUCUGGAGGUAGUCUUGGAGGGCUUUUGCUUCCAUUGAUUAUACAGGCUCUUUUAGAGACGUAUGGACUACAAGGUGCUCAAAUUGUUAUUUCUGGGAUGCUUUUAAAUAUUGUUGUUUCUGGUGCAUUAUUAAGACCAAUGACAAACAAUGUUCCACAAGAAAAAUUGAAUUUGGAAGUAAAGGUAGAAGAGGAGGAUGAGACAAAAAAUGGAAACCACAUUAAAAUUAACCUGAAUCAAGAAGACCUGUCUUUAUCUGCUGACGAUAUAAGAAGCAAACUUUACAAAUCAGAAAAAGCACAAAAAGAAAACGAAAAGCUGUUGAUUAAUAUUCCGCAACCGAAUAAUCAUUACAGGAUGAGGACGUUUUCAGAAAACUUGCAUGAAUAUCGUGUAACAACUGUUCCUCGUCAAACUGGAAUUCCAAAUUCAGCUGAUGCAUCCAAGUUUACGAAUUUAUCGAAUAUUUUUGGGAGUUUAGCGGAUGUGUCUUCCUCUGUGCAAAGUGUUUUUCUUGCAAAAAAUGUGGAAAUUACUAAAAGAGAAACAGCAGAUGAUGAAACAGAAACAUGUUUUUCUAAGUACAUUUUGAGUGUUAUAAAUUUCAAGAUUUUACGAAAUCAUCAUUUGAAGCUAGUGUAUCUUUUAGGUUUCCUCGCAGUUUUUAGUGCUAGACUGCAAAUGGCAUAUAUUCCACCAUAUGCACGAGACUGUGGAAUUUCAGGCAGAAACAUUUCAUACUUAGUGACCAUCAUUGGCACGUGCGACUUUUUUGGAAGGUUUGGAGUAGCUUUAAUUGCGGACUCGAAACGCGUAAAACUAAGUUCUAUUAUAUCAGCAUCACUUAUUAUAAUGGGAAUAACAUCUAUGUGUAAUUCUUUUAUUCGAGACUUCCAUACAUUUAUAGCUUAUUGUGUCAUAUAUGGAUUAUUUGGUGGACUGUAUAAUUCCGUGGUAGCACUUUUACUGGUUGAUGCUGUAGGUCCAAAGAAUUUAUCACCUGCUUUGGCUUUUGCAAUCCAGAUUCAUGGUAUCUCAAUAUCAGCAAUGGCGCCGAUUUUAGGUUUCAUGCGAGACAGUACUGGAUCGUACACAGGAUCGUUCUACAUUAUGGGAGUUGGUAAUUUAUUGUCGGCGCUACUAUUGUUGUUCGGUUUACCAAUAGUAAAGAAAAUGGAAUUAAGACGGCAACAACAAUGUUUAUCUGAAGACGAUCAAGACUGACCAACCAUUAGUAGCCUAUGAGUGUUCAGGAUAUAACAAUUAACUUGGAAGGCAAAGGUCUGACAGGAAAUUUCCAAAGAAGAGCUGUUUUAUUAUAAAUGGUGCUUGUUCAUCGUAUGUUUGGAUAUUUUGGACUGUUUGUAGAUCAUGAUUAUUAUUUUGUUGCAUGCAUAAGCCAUAUGCCAUACUUAUAUUACUUAUCUUAAUAAUCAUAAGUUUAGUGUUCAUCAAAUAUUUUGUUUAUUUGCUAAAUUAUAUAUAUAUAUAAUGUUAUUAUAUAAUGUUUUGUUACAAACGAAAAGAUGCAGUAUUCUGUAUGUAAUUCAACGAUUGCAUUAAAUAAACUGUAUUUUUAUUUGAUA